AUGGCCGCUUUCCCGCAGAUUGUCGCGAAACUUAAAGAGAUCCCAGCACGUAUCUGUCUCAGCAAGUUCGAAGAUGAUGAACUGCAUAUUUUGCUGGAGAAUGGAGAGGUAGCUUUAGCUGCACUGAGCAUGGAUGGUAUCAAUCUCGAUGGACACAAAUUAUCGGUGCGUUUGCGAUCGCCCGAUUGGACUGACAGCUUGCAGCCUAAAUUGACGAAGUUCGCGUCUUCACUGACUUCCAGUGACACAGUUUCUAUCCAGGAGUGUGACCUCACUAUAACGAAUGGAGUCGAUUUCGAACUUGAUGUGGCUACAAGUACUAAUACCUUUGACGCGCACUGUGAGCAUAUUGCUCGUAAAGCUAACUCAAUGGUCUAUGGAUUGUUCAAGGCGACAAAGAAUUCCAUAGUAUUGUUGCGGGCUUUUAGGACGUACAUCAGACCUGUCCUAUACGGCACACCUAUUUUCAACCCCUAUAAGGCGAAAAUGAUUUCGUUGCUCGAAAAAAGUCCAAAAUCCCUUCACGAGGAAGUUGAUGAUAAGAGUUUCAGGCUUUCUUGUGAAGGUAUACCCUCUAGCAUGGAGAGAAAUGAAAAUUUCAAUAUGCUCACUCUGGAGGUCCUUGAAGGCAAAUGCGGUCUUGAUGCCAACCAGCUCUGUGGGCUGCGGCCAUCAGUGACUAGAGUAGCCCUCUCGAACAUCUACAUACUUCCCGCGCUAGGCAUAAUUUCCGAUGGCACUUCUUUACGAUUAGGGCUGGUACUGAUUACCUCAAGCUGA